CGCCCCAGAGCGGAUCCCGCGCGCCCAUCGCCAUGGAGAUGCCGCCGCCCCCCCCGCUGCCGCCGCCGCCCGAGGACCAAGAGCUGCGCAAUGUCAUUGACAAGCUAGCUCAGUUUGUGGCACGCAACGGCCCUGAGUUUGAGAAGAUGACGAUGGAGAAGCAGAAGGAGAACCCCAAGUUUUCGUUCCUCUUUGGGGGUGACUUCUAUGGCUAUUACAAAUACAAACUGGCCCUGGAGCAGCAGCAGUUGCUGUGCAAGCAGAGCCAGGAGAUGGAGGCUGCCCCGCCGAUCCAGCCGCUGGCCCAGCCGUCCGUGGCCCCUGUGGCAGCCUCCCUCCCUGCCUCGCAAGGGACCCCCUCUAUGGAGGAGCUCAUCCAGCAGAGCCAGUGGAACCUGCAGCAGCAGGAGCAGCACCUUCUGGCUGUGAGACAGGAGCAAAUCACCUCUGCCAUCGCUCUGGCUCUCGAGCAGCAGAUGCAGAAAGUCUUGGAGGAGACCCAGCUGGACAUGAAUGAAUUCGACAACCUCCUGCAGCCGAUUAUCGACACGUGCACAAAAGAUGCCAUCUCGGCUGGCAAGAACUGGAUGUUCAGCAACGCCAAGUCUCCCCAGCACUGCGAGCUGAUGGCAGGGCAUCUGCGCAACCGCAUCACCGCCGACGGGGCGCAUUUUGAGCUGCGGCUGCACUUGAUCUACCUGAUCAACGAUGUGCUGCAUCACUGCCAGCGGAAGCAGCAGCGGGACCUGCUGGCGGCUCUGCAGAAGGUGGUGGUGCCCAUUUACUGCACCAGUUUCCUGGCUGUGGAGGAAGACAAGCAGCAGAAGAUUGCCCGGCUCCUUCAGCUCUGGGAGAAGAACGGCUAUUUUGAUGAAUCCAUCAUCCAGCAGCUGCAAAGCCCCGCACUGGGACUGGGCCAGUACCAGGCCACUCUCAUCACAGAGUACACCAGCGUGGUGCAGCCCGUCCAGAUGGCCUUCCAGCAGCAGAUUCAGAACCUGAAGACCCAGCAUGAGGAGUUCGUCAGCAGCCUGGCCCAGCAGCAGCAGCAGCCGCCUCCACCACCCCUGCAGAUCCCCCCUCUGGAGAGUGAGGGGAAAACGGUCCCUGCGGUCCCAGCUGCAGCUCCAGCCCCUGCUGCCGCCGCCGCCCCCCCUCCCCCUCCGCCGCCGCCUCCUCCUUCGGCAGCUGCCAUCGCCCAAGCAGAGGAGGGGAAGGCUCCGCUUCCGCUUGCAGGCUCCGCCGACUACGAAGCAGCAGGGGCUGGGGGCCCCGAUCCUGCUGCCGCUCCUGGGCCUCGUGGGCCUGGUGGACCCCAUGAGCACAUCCCCCCCAACAAGCCGCCCUGGUUUGAGCAGCCCCACCCCGUGGCCCCUUGGGGGCAACAGCAGCCCCCGGAGCAGCCGCCGUUCCCUCCCCACCAGGGCCCUCCCCACUGCCCCCCCUGGAACAGCAACCACGAGGGGAUGUGGAACGAGCAGAGGGAGCCCGGGUGGAACAGCCAGCGCGAAGCCCCCUGGAACAGCCAGCCCGACCCCUCCUGGAACAACCAGUUUGAGGCCCCCUGGAACAACCAGCACGAGCAGCCCCCCUGGGGCGGGGGCCAGAGGGAGCCCCCCUUCCGCAUGCAGCGCCCCCCUCACUUCCGGGGGCCUUUCCCCCCCCAUCAGCAGCACCCCCAGUUCAACCAGCCGCCGCACCCCCACAACUUCAACCGCUUCCCCCCUCGCUUCAUGCAAGACGACUUCCCGCCUCGACACCCCUUUGAGAGGCCCCCGUAUCCCCACCGCUUUGACUACCCGCAAGGGGACUUCCCGCAGGAGAUCGGCCCUCCGCAUCACCACCCUGGGCAUCGUAUGCCGCACCCCGGCAUCAGCGAGCACCCUCCCUGGGGUGGCCCCCAGCACCCUGACUUUGGGCCACCUCCGCACGGAUUUAACGGGCAGCCUCCACACAUGCGCAGGCAGGGCCCCCCUCACGUCAACCACGACGACCCCAGCCUGGUGCCAAACGUCCCCUACUUUGACCUGCCGGCUGGCCUCAUGGCUCCCCUUGUGAAGCUGGAGGACCACGAGUACAAGCCUUUGGACCCGAAGGACAUCCGCCUGCCCCCACCCAUGCCCCCCAACGAGAGGCUGCUGGCUGCUGUGGAAGCCUUUUACAGCCCCCCCUCCCACGACAGGCCCAGGAACAGCGAGGGCUGGGAGCAGAACGGCCUCUAUGAGUUCUUCAGAGCCAAGAUGCGGGCCCGGCGGCGGAAGGGCCAAGAGAAGAGGAACAGUGGGCACUCCCGCUCCCGCAGCAGAUCCAAGAGCAGGGGCCGCUCCUCUUCCCGCUCCAAUUCGAGGUCCUCCAAGUCAUCCGGCUCUUACUCGAGGUCCCGCUCCAGAUCAUGCUCGCGCUCUCGCUCCUACUCCCGCUCGCAGUCCAGGAGCCGGAGCCGGUCGCGCUCUUCUCGAAGCCGCUCACGGUCCAGGUCCCGCUCCAAAUCCUACUCCCCUGGGAGGCGGCACCGGUCCCGAUCUCGCAGCCAAACGCCUCCUUCCUCGGCCGGGCUGGGCUCCAGCUCUGGGGGUCACGUCUCGGAAUCCAGGCUGGGGGAGGAAAACAAAGGACACCAGAUGCUCGUGAAGAUGGGGUGGAGUGGCUCUGGGGGCUUGGGGGCCAAGGAGCAGGGAAUCCAGGAUCCCAUCAAAGGGGGAGACAUCCGAGACAAGUGGGAUCAGUACAAGGGGGUGGGCGUGGCCUUGGACGACCCCUACGAAAACUACCGGAGGAACAAGAGCUACUCCUUCAUCGCUCGCAUGAAGGCCAGAGACGAAAGUAAACGUGAGCAGCUGUGA